AAUCAUUAAAGGGAAGGAACAAGACCAGGAGGACAUCAAAGUCCAGCCUGCUGGGAACGACAGUAACAGAUGAGCAAGGAGCUAGCAACAAUGGAGCCUGGAGAUUCAGUGGAUGCAGUCAGUGCUGAGACAGCGCCACACUCGGCCCUGGGCUCUGGCGUCGGCCUGCAUGCCUAUGACAUCGUGGUGGUGGUCAUCUACUUUGUCUUCGUCCUUGCUGUGGGAAUCUGGUCGUCUGUCCGUGCAAGCCGAGGGACCAUUGGUGGCUAUUUCCUGGCUGGAAGAUCCAUGACCUGGUGGCCAAUUGGAGCAUCUUUGAUGUCCAGCAAUGUGGGCAGUGGUUUAUUCAUCGGCCUGGCCGGAACAGGGGCUGCUGGAGGUCUUGCUGUGGGUGGCUUCGAGUGGAAUGCAACGUGGCUGCUCAUGGCCCUGGGUUGGAUCUUCGUCCCUGUAUACAUUGCAGCAGGUGUGGUCACCAUGCCACAGUACCUGAAGAAACGAUUCGGAGGGCAGAGGAUCCAGGUGUACAUGUCAGUCCUGUCUCUCAUCCUCUACAUCUUCACCAAGAUUUCGACUGAUAUCUUCUCUGGAGCCAUCUUCAUCCAGAUGUCCUUAGGCUGGAACCUCUAUCUCUCCACGGUGAUCUUGCUACUGGUGACAGCUGUCUACACCAUUGCAGGAGGACUCACUGCUGUGAUCUACACAGAUGCUCUACAGACUGUGAUCAUGGUAGGGGGCGCUCUAGUCCUCAUGUUCCUGGGCUUUAAGGAGGUGGGCUGGUACCCAGGCCUGCAGCAACUAUAUAUGCAGGCCAUUCCCAAUGCCACAGUUCCCAACACCACCUGUCACCUCCCACGGUCCGAUGCCUUUCACAUGCUCCGUGACCCUGUGAAUGGGGACAUUCCUUGGCCAGGUCUCAUUUUUGGGCUCACAGUCCUGGCCACCUGGUGUUGGUGCACAGACCAGGUGAUUGUACAGAGGUCUCUCUCUGCCAAGAAUCUUUCCCAUGCCAAGGGGGGCUCAGUGCUGGGCGGCUACCUAAAGAUCUUCCCAAUGUUCUUCAUUGUCAUGCCUGGCAUGAUCAGCCGGGCUCUGUACCCAGAUGAAGUUGGCUGCGUAGACCCUGACAUCUGCCAAAGAGUGUGUGGCGCCAGAGUGGGAUGCUCCAACAUUGCUUACCCAAAGCUGGUCAUGGAACUCAUGCCUGUGGGUCUGCGAGGCCUGAUGAUCGCUGUGAUCAUGGCUGCCCUGAUGAGCUCACUCACCUCCAUCUUCAACAGCAGCAGCACCCUGUUUGCCAUAGACGUGUGGCAGCGCUUCCGCAGGCGGGCAACUGAGCAAGAGCUGAUGGUGGUAGGCAGGUUGUUCAUAGUCUUCCUGGUAGUCAUCAGCAUCCUCUGGAUCCCCAUCAUCCAGAGCUCCAACAGUGGGCAGCUUUUUGACUACAUCCAGUCUAUCACCAGCUAUCUCGCCCCACCCAUCACGGCCCUCUUCCUGCUGGCCAUCUUCAGCAAGAGGGUCACUGAGCCUGGUGCCUUCUGGGGCCUCAUGUUUGGCCUAGCAGUGGGAAUCGUGCGCAUGGCUCUGGAGUUCUCAUACCCUGCCCCAGCCUGUGGGGAGGCGGACAGGAGACCGGCUGUUCUGAAGGACUUCCACUACCUGUACUUUGCCCACCUCCUCUGUGGACUUACUGCUGUCAUCAUUGUCAUAAUCAGCCUCUACACAGAGCCCAUCCCUGAUGAAAAGCUUGCUCGCCUGACUUGGUGGACAAGGAACUGUCCCUUACCUGAGCUGGAGAAGGAAGCUUCUGUGAAUAGGAAUGAGACAGAAUGGGAAAACACCCCAGGGCUGGCCGAGAGGCCAGAUGUGGAUGGCCCAGCAGGAGAUGGGGAAGAAGCAAACAGCACCCAGGAGUCUGAUCAAUCAGGAGCCUUACAUAGGUCCUUGGGGAAAUGGCUGUGGAACUGGUUCUGUGGACUCUCUGGGACUCCACAGCAAGCCCUGAGCUCAGCAGAGAAGGCUGCAUUGGAGCAGAAGCUGACCAGCAUCGAGGAGGAGCCGCUCUGGAGACAUGUCUGCAACCUCAAUGGCAUCAUCCUGCUGGCCAUCAACAUCUUUCUCUGGGGCUAUUUUGCGUGACUCCAUAGACCAGGAAUUAUUUGAAGUGAUUAAAAACCCUGGUGAAGCCCCGAGACCAGCGGCAGGCUCUCCUCCCAUCUCGCUGUGCUAACUCGAGACCACAGAGGCAGAGAGUAAAAGCUUGUGAAGAACAUCCAUCCAAAACCCUUGACACCUGGAGACAUGGCGGACUAGAGAGGUCACUAGGACUCCCCAGGGUCACACAGCAGGACUCACCCUGGGUAUCCAGCUCUAGCUCUCUUCCUGCUACACUACCCUGUAACCCUACCUCAAAAACAUCAUUUCCUCGGUAUACUCCAGAAUCUUCAUUGAUAUAUAUUCAGGUUAGACACAUAGUAAGAAAAUGAGUCAAAAAUUCUAUUAAAACUACCCAAAUACACCAUGUUUCCCCAAUUUCCUUAGCCUCGUCCCCUUUCUGCUUCCUUUUUCCUUUCCCCAGUUGUGGCUGCCAAUCCCACAAGAGUGAAGGGCAGACAUGAGAGACAAGUGACCAGGGCACAGUGCUCCUAGACCAGGAUUCUGCUUGGCACAGUUCUAAUUCUCCUACCCUCACACCCACUCCUGCAGUCUCCACAGCCUAGAGGCUUAGAACCCCAGUUGGAGAGGCAAAAUAUGUCAAAAGCAACAAGAAUCAAACAGACUAGGGAGUGGAAAGGACAGUCUGAGCGUGGACUGAUGGGGAACCUUGUUAGCAACCAUCUUUAGAGGUGAGUCUUAGAUAAGGCCUGGCUUCACUGGAACCCAGGGUAAAAGGUGUGCACCUCUGUGUGUGCUCGCUCUGUGCCUUUUCCCGCUGGACAUUGCUGUGCUUGGAUUUCUCGUUUCCUGUUUCGUGAGUUUUCCCAUUAUAAUAAAUAAAAUAUAAUUGUUUUAUCCUUA